GCCACUUAUGAAAGCAACAGCGCCGCUGAGGCGUAGCGAACCUCCACAGGCGCCGAGCCUGGAGCCUUGAAAGGACCGAGACAAUACGAAUGUGAGAAGCAGCUAGUCGUACCUGGAUGGCUGGAAAGACACUUUCGGAGGACCAAAUUCCUAGCACUCGACAAGUUUCGCGACGAGCAACCAUCCGGGAACCAGAGCCGGAGUCUGCUAUCUCUGUGCGCAACAUACGACAGGGAUUACGGGUCAUCACGCAGUCCCGAAGGCAGUGUCGAGAGGAUUUCCGGGUCGAUUCACGCAGACAGAUGACAACACUACUGUGGCUUUGUCAACCGUGUCAUGUGGUCUUACACUAUGUCUUCCCUAACGAACAACCGGACAUGAAAUACAAUUCAGUAGACCGGAUUGUCUCAGGUCCACCGGUUCAGAACUCGGAAGCUGCUCCGAGCCAGAGAAGAUGGGUCAUGAUUCCCCGUCUAAGCACCAGCACCGGCGUCGAACUUCGGACCGAGUCAAGACCCGCCGGCGACUGACUUGCAGCAGCUUACUCGGGACGACCCAUUGCAAGUCCUGCGUGGACUACCUAUUAGAGUCACUACAACCCAACUCGAAUUAGAGUGCAUUGUUUUCAAAAGCUGCAACUGAUC